AUGUAUGGAGACAGCCAGAAGUAUCUUGCUGAUAUGUUGCAACAAGACAUUGACAAUUCCCAAUAUGAAGAACCUGCAAUGUAUGGAUUUGCUCGUACCAAUAACAUGGAUGAUACAACUUUAGAUAUUGUAAACAAUGAUAAUUGUGACGACGAUGGCUCUGAUGAUGAUGAUGAUGCUACCAUUAUGCCAGUACUCUCUACACAAUCAAGAGCUAGACUUAGUUUUAAAUUGGAUCAAAAUGAUUUGAAAAGCUAUGCUUUUAUAUUGUUAAUGAGUUAA